UUGUUCUAGCGGGUGCGCCUUGUACAUGAAGUUUACUGAGGGCAGCGGAUGCGGCAAGAAAGGAGUUUGCGAUACUGCUGUGUUUGCUGCCUUUGCUGCUUUGGCGAUUGGAGUGCUGUUCGUUCUACAACUUAUUUUUGUGUAUACUUACGAACGUGGUUCUGGGUCUGCUACUAAAUGGGAAGUGAAACAAAGACAUCUUUGCUUGGGAACUGGCUGAAAGUAGCGAACGUGUCUGAAAUAUAUGAUAUCCUCAUAACUAUUCAUGAAGGCUCUAGAGUACACGCUGGAUAUCGGAAAGUUUUUGCAGAUGUUCAAAAGCAGUAUUUUGGCAUCCCGAGACCUGCAGUUCAACAAUUUGUGAAGACAUGCGUUAUCUGCGCAUGUAAAACGCCACAAAUGUCAGUAGCUACUGUCAAGGCGAUUAUUUCACCAGGUUUCAUGCGAAGAGGCCAGAUAGAUCUUAUUGAUAUGACAGUAGACCCUGAUGGAGACUUCAAAUAUAUCGGUCAUUAUGUUGACCAUUUUACCAAAUUCAAUUUCCUGUGGCCUCAGCAUAGGAAGAAGUCAGUGGAAGUGGCCAGAUGUCUUAUUAAAAAUGUCUUCAGUGUUGUUGGUCUCCCACUUAUAUUACAGCAUGACAAUGGGAAAGAAUUUUGCAAUAAGAUCAUUCGAAAAGUUGUUAGAUUAUGGCCAGGAGAUUGCAAAAUUGUGACAGGUCGUCCACGCCAUCCUCAAUCUCAAGGCCUUGUCGAACAGGCCCAUAGAACUGUACAACAUAUGCUUGCUGUCCGUCGUGCAGAGUAUCCAGGAACGGGAUGGACCAAAUAUCUUUCCUUAGUGCAAUAUGCUAUGAACACACAAAUCCAUAGUGCAAUCAAUGUGGCGCCUUAUGACGUUGUUUUUGGACAGCCUCCAACAGAUGGUGUGUUUCCUGGUUGCCAUAAAGAUGUUCAACCUGAAGAAGAGGAUUUGCUGAAGGUUCUAAAAGAUAUUCCUACAUUGACUGACGAAUAUGGCAACGAUUCCCCUGAUGAAGGAGAUGGUCAUGUGGAGGAUCACACAGUUUCUACAUAUGAUGGCAUUGAUUUUUCUGAGAAACGCUUUGUGGAGAUGGAUGAAGUUUCUACGUGUACAAAAACAGACAGAACAUAUCAAUUAGGCAAUGGCAAUGAUUAUAUAGAGACUUCAGAAGGAUCAACAGGUGGCUUGUUAGGAACAAAUAGACAACACAUACAAAGAAGAAAGAGAGCGUUAGAUAAUUACAUCAAAUCAGCAGAGAAGCAAAUGUACAAGCAUUCCAAAAGCAAACGGGUGAAACUACAACCAUAUGCAGUGGGUGACUAUGUCACUGUUAGAAUUCCCCAACAAGACAGGAUGUCAACGGAUCUCCCACGUCUUCUUGCAGUAGUGGUUGAAAUCCGAGGGACAAAGAGAAUCAGCUACCCGUCUCAGGUCAAAGUACGGAGUUUUGGAGAGAUUGUAUGAUGAUAACAAUCUAGAGGUAUUUUUAGGCAAGAUUGAGGAUCUCAGUACGUCUAACUGGGAGAAUGACCGAAAGAUAUCUCUAAGGGAAGCGGUGAGAUUGGCUAGACAGAAGCGUGGAGGGUUGCCUGCAAGACGGUGCAAAUGUAGAAAGGGAUGUGUGACAGGAAGACAGUGUCCAUGCCUUCAUAAUGGUACUGUGUGCCACAGCAAGUGCCACCAUGGAGCAAAAUGUAUGAAUCUUGCUAGUUUAAAGCAACCAACAAAGCCAUCAACAAAGCCAUCAACAUCAACAAAGCCAUCAAGCCAUCAAACGUUAUCGACCAGUGACUGUAAGUGCAACAAUAGUUGUACCGUUGUGAAGAAAUGUAGCUGCCGGGCAAAUAAGAAACUGUGCUCCCCCAAGUGCCAUCGUGGUCGGAUGUGCUGCAACGUCGGAAGACAAGAAGAGACUGAGAUUAUUAUUGUGGACUUGAAUGUCAAACAUGAACGCCCAACAAAGAACAACGAUUGGUUACCUCAUCUUCAGCUUGACAGAGGAGAUGAACUGAGGUUGCUAGUUUAUCUAGGGUUUGUUUGCUUUUACAAGUUUCUAGCAUAUGUAUACAAGUAGAGUGUAUAUGAGAAUAAAGUAUCUGUCUGUCUGA